GCUCGACAGAGGCAUGCGAAUUUUGCUAUCACCGGCUCGCGCGCAGCCGCCGAGGCAGCCCGCCAAGCGCAAAUCAUGAUACGAUCAUAAGAAAAACAAGUACGGAAGCGAUGCGGCUCUACGCUGGCCUGUGGCUGGCGGCAGCGUGUGCCUACGACCAACACAACGAGGUCGACGCGCGCAUCCGCAAGGCCCUCAAAAAAUCGCUGGAGCCCUAUCCGAAAGGAGAAUCGAAGGAUGACGCCAUCCACUACGUGAGAGAUGUGCUCUCGUUUCCGGAGAGCGCGGUGCUCGUGUACGAUCAUCACGUCAUUGUCGAUAGACGCUUCCUGCGCCCGGAGAAGAGCCGGAAACAUGUUAAUUUUCUCGCGUCGAUCGUAGCGAAGCAGAAAUCCAUCAAGAACGCUGCUUACGCGUUUUCUGGCAACUCUACUGGGCUCUGCGGGCGGGAUAUGGGCGCCAAACGGGCACCUUACCCUUGCGUGAUCAUCGCAAAAGCUUAUGGUACGAAACAACCGGGGGUCUUGGUGCCGAACCCCUACCACCAUGAUUUGGAUUAUUGGAGCGCUCUCCGAGAUCACAUCAAAGCUCGAGCGUCGUCGAGGCCGUGGAAAACAAGAUUACCUCUAGUCUUUUGGCGGGGCAAUGUCUUGGAUCGGUGGCACGCGCCCGACGACCCCAGGUAUGCUGGUGACAGUUGUGAAAAUGAAUUUGGCAAUCAUGCGAGGUUGGCGGCGAUGGCGGAGUCGGUCUUACACCCAGACUUAGUAGACGUCAAGUGCUUCUCGAAGCACAAAUGUCGGGCGCGCGACCCCGACGAAAGGCCGUGCCCCGACGAGCAGUAUUUAUAUAGCGAUACGAUGCGCCGGGUGCAGCGGAACUCGAGCCUGAUUACGGACCACGGCCACGUGGCGAAGGAGAACUACACGCGCUACAAGUACGUGCUGAAUCUGCCGGGAAGUACGUCGGGAAGCUACUCGCGGAACCUGAACCACCUCUGGUUCCUGGGGAGCGUGGUCCUGUUCUGGAAGGCGCGGUUCACGGAGUGGUAUUUUCCCGCGCUGACCGAGGGCGCGACCCAUUUAACUGUGGAUUCUUCGACGCUCGCCCUCGCCGUGCGCAUGCUGGAGGAGAAUCCGAAAGAUGCCAAAGUACUAAGGGAGAAAGCUUCAGAUGUCGACCACCGGAUCAUGUGCCCGUCCUGUUUAGCUGCUUAUGUGUCCGAAGUCAUCGACGAGGUUCGCGCUCAUUUCGCUCUGGGAAAGUUGUUGGAUGACCCCUGUGCAACACAUGCUUUCUUUGAUGCCUUGAACUGUCAAAGGCGAGACUUGGUCAUCAUCCGGGCCACAGCUCGGCCGGCGGGCUCCUUCGACGUCAGCGAGUUCAUGCAGCGGCGUUUGACCACGAACACGACCUUCGCGAAGACGACGUGCCACGAGAUCGCGUCACGUGCGCACGCAGAGUGUCGCGCGCGGGACCGAUCUAUAUUAGGAUGGCUCCGCGCGAAGCUCGGGGGCUGGCACACUGCUCAAGUGUCGUCGCUGGACGAGCCGCCGGGGACGCGGAGGCUCCGGGGGUAAUUUUGAUUUAACUGUA